AUGCCCACCGUUCUUCUCGCGACCGCGUGGGUUGACAUACACACUUCUGAAGGAAGAUGUUUUAAGGUCCGCGCUUUAUUAGAUCAAGGGUCUAAUUUUAGCUUUAUUUCCGAAGCAUUGAGUCAAACGCUUCGCACUAAACGACAGAGGACCGAUCUUCAAAUAAAAGGUUUCGGGGAGAAAUAUGCCGGUUCUGCGCGAUCGAGAGUUUCGCUAAAUUUGACGCCGUGCGAAAAAUUGAAUCCUGUUUUUCCGGUCACUGCGUAUGUAUUCCCGCGAAUAACUUCGUACGCCACGUCGCGAAUUCGGCCUAUAGAAUCAUGGCCUCAUUUACAGGGCCUUUCACUAGCAUAUCCGGAUCCAUCUAGUCGACAUCAGAUUCACAUGCUGAUCGGCGCGGACGUGUACGGUUCGCUCUUAUUGCGCGACCUGAGACAGGGCCCCUAUGGAGCGCCCACUGCCCAAUCGACCUCGUUCGGUUGGAUAAUCUCUGGACCGACCGGAAGUAAAGAAACUACUUCACAAGAAGUAACUGUUUUGAAUUGCGUAUCCGCGCUGGAUGUGGACUCUCUCCUCCAGAAAUUCUGGGAGGACAAAGAGAUUCCCACGCCAACUUCCCUCACGGAGGAGGAAGAAAAAUGCGAAUCUCAUUUCGCUCAAACGCACAGUCGUGAUCCUGACGGUCGUCAUUUCGCGCACAGUCGUGAUCCUGACGGUCGUUAUGUCGUGAGAUUACUUUUCAAAAAUGCUUUGCCGAUCGAUAUCGGGGAAUCUCUCUCCAUAGCGCGUACAUUGUACGGUCGUCUGGAAAAUAAAUUGAAUUCAAAAUCCGAUCUCUGUUCGCUAUACAGAGACUUUCUUACAGAAUACGAGGCCCUUGGACAUAUGACUCGCGUUGGCGAGUCCGAACCCACUGAGAAUAUACCGAUUUAUAUUCCCCAUCAUCCAGUAAUAAGAGAGGAUAGUUGCACCACAAAGCUUCGAGUCGUAUUUAACGCGUCGUGUAAAACCCGGAAUGGCACGUCACUUAACGACCAUUUGCUCAUCGGGCCAAAGUUGCAGCAGGAUCUCCCUGCCGUCUUAUUGCGUUGGCGUGCAUGGCGCUUGGUUUAUACGGCAGACAUCGCCAGAUGUUUCGACAAAUACGCGUACAUCCGCGGGACGUCGAUUACCAAAGAAUCCUUGACGUAUGGUUUAGCAUCGGCACCUUAUCUUUCGAUGCGCGUGCUUCGACAGCUCGCGCUUGAUGAAGGUGCAAAGUUUCCUGCCGCGGUACCGAUCGUCAAUGAUUCCAUUUACGUGGACGACGCAUUGUUCGGAGCAAACGAUAUCGAUUCGUUAAUAAAUACGCGAACUCAGCUCGCUGAGCUAAUGAGGCGCGGAGGUUUUUCACUUCGUAAAUGGGCUUCAAACUGUAGCGAGCUUCUUGACGAUUUAUCCAGCGAUCAAUCGGACGUUACCGAUCACCUUAUCCUAAAGGACGAAACGUUGAAAAUACUCGGAUUAUCAUGGCUCCCUACGGAAGACUCCUUCCGCCUUACUGUGAAAUUUAAUUUUCCUACCGCGUUAACUAAGCGUUCAAUCCUGUCGUGCAUCGCGAGCUUGUAUGACCCCCUCGGAUGGGCUGCGCCGGUUGUAAUAAACGCAAAAAUCAUUCUGCAAGAGCUAUGGCUUUUACAUUGCGACUGGGAUGCUCCGCUUCCGAACGAAUUGAGUCAACGGUGGAAUGCUUUCGCUUCCGAGUUCCCGCAAUUAGAAUCCGUUAGAAUUCCUCGGUGGACGGGUCAGAGCCCUGAUAAUCUCGCGUUAGAAAUACAUGGAUUCGCCGACGCUUCAAAUCGCGCGUACGCUGCGGUCGUAUACUUGCGCGUUUUCCAUUCUCUUUCGGAAUACCGUGUUAGCUUGAUCGUUGCGAAGUCGAAGGUGGCUCCCGUCAAGACUGUUAGCAUUCCGCGGCUCGAGCUCAACGCCGUUGUUUUAUUGAGUCGACUCGUUAAGUGGGUAAUUAAGUCAUUAAAUAUUAUUCAUUGUCCGAUCCAUUGUUGGACGGACUCCACGAUCGCGUUGGCAUGGUUACGCCAACAUCCAUCGAAAUGGACUACGUACGUAGCAAACAGAGUAUCCGAGGUGCAGUGUAAUCUACCCUCGGCCAAAUGGAAUCACGUACCGUCCAAAGACAAUCCGGCCGACUGUGCAUCCAGAGGGUUGUACGCAUCCAAGUUAGUCUCACAUCCGUUAUGGUGGGCGGGCCCGCCUUGGCUUCAAUGGCCUUCAACAGCGUGGCCGCCACAUAACAUUGCUUCUCCGAUCUCCACGGAGUUAACUAAGCAAAUACACUCGGAAAGUCGAAAGUCCACUGUCCUUCACGUGGAAGGUACACCGGAAUGGGAUCUCCCUUAUAGAUACUCCUCCUGGACUAAGCUCAUUCGAGUGACAGCCUACGCUUACAGAUUUAUAUCCCGCUCCGCUAAACAAAGGAAUUUUGAAGCUAAUGUUGCGUUGUCUCUUAACGCGGACGAACUUAAACGCGCGGAAAUGUUUUGGGUCUCAUAUACGCAGAGGAAGUCGUUCGACUCCGAACUCAAAGCAUUAAAGAGAGAAGAAAACCUUCCGCGAAAGAGCCCACUGAAGCCUCUUAAUCCUUUCAUAAGAAAAGAUUCCUUACUACGUUUCGGCGGGCGGUUACGGAAUUCCGCACUAUCCUUCGAGGAACAACACCCUAUCUUAAUUCCUCGGGGUCGAGUAGCCGAGUUAUUAAUUGAUCAAACGCACCGAAGCUCACUUCAUGGAGGAACUCAACUUGUGCUUAGAACACUCUGCCAAAAAUAUUGGAUAUUAAGUUGUCCGGCCUUUCGAAGAUUCGUUAGUCGACGAGGAUUGCCACAAAAACUCUACAGCGACAACAGCACGAACUUUCACGGGGCGGACCGGGAAUUAAAAACGGCUUUUGACAAAUUGACCAACGACAUUUCGCUACGAGCCACUCUUGCAAACGACCGAGUGGAAUGGCAUUUCAUCCCAGCCGCAGCACCGCACUUUAGCGGUCUGUGGGAAGCGGGAAUAAAGUCUAAAAACGCACUUGAAAAAGUCGAGCGGAUCGGAGUGACAGCAACGAUGCAGCCGAGUGAUUUCACCAUCGCUGAGAUGAAGGAGGCUCUUCGCGAGAAAGGACUGACCUUGGGAGGUCGAAAGCCGAGCUCAUCCAGCGCCUGA